UAUGAGCUACGGAUUCACGUUGCAGAAAUGUGUCAACCGCUUGGUCAUUUUAAGAACUAUUGUCAAACUAAGCCAUUGCAAAAUCUAAAUAUCACUUGAAAAGGUUUUCACAAUUGCACUAUAUGGAUGAAUAGACAGUAUGCUUUGUGAAGUUACCAUGUGGACAAACGGACAAAAUGUUUCGUUAAGAAGACGGAGGACUUAAACUGGACGGUCGCGCUGAUUAUUACUAGUAGAGUUCUGAAAGGCAGGUUCCAAUGACCAACACGACAAGCUGAUUUGAGGAGCAUUUAAACGCCGUCAUCCCCCCCAUGGGCCUCUGCCCUGCCUCUACUUAUGAAUAAUCUCAUUGGCUGCUCCAGUAGGCCAAAAUUCCAUUGAUAGGUUACCUGAGUAGGAGAUGCCAGUAGAAGGCGACAGCGCCCAGGAGGGAGAGGGGCCUUCGUUACCACCGGUGACAGGAGAGGGGAGGGAGGAUGUGUCGUCAAGGCAACAGAGUGGUGAUGGGAGAGAGGGAAGGGAGUGCUCCGGGAGAGAAGACAGCGGAGGAGAACCGUCUAGUGGGGAGACGGGACACGAAGACGAGGAUAUGACCAGCGCAUCACAUGACCUGUCCUCUGCAAAUCACAGUCCUCGCAGCACCAUUGGCUCCACUUCCACCAAAAGUUCAAAGCUGCGUGCAGCCUCGUCCUCCUGCAGUCUCCACAGCUCUGAGUCGGGCCAGGGUGAACAUCACACUGAGGGCAGCGGCAGUGAGCAGCCGGAGCGAGGUCGAGGCCAGGCCCACAGAGAGAUGAUGACCACGGUGGCUGAGAUGAAGAAGAGGCUCCCCUCGGACAAAUGCCGCCACAGCAAAGCCAGCACCGUGGAGGCCCUGCACUACGCGCUGGACUGUGUCAAACAAGUCCAAGCCACCAGUGAGUACUACAAGCUGCUGAUGAGCACAGAGCAGGACGAGAGAGCGGACGCCACAGUGUGCUCCCUGGACGAGCUGGAGAGAGUCACGUCUGAACACACCCUGAAAAACACGGACUCGUUGGUGGUGGGCUUCUCCCUGGCCAGUGGCCGCGUGCUCUAUGCCUCGGAGCAGGCUCCCAGCAUCCUCUGCUGCAGGAGGAAGUUCCUGCAGUCGGCCAAGUUUGUGGAGCUGCUCUUCCAUCAGGACGUCAACGUGUUCUACUCCCACACGGCCCAGCCCCACCUCCCACCCUGGAGCCACGCCCACACCGCUGCUGUUCUGUUUGAAUGUGCCCAGGUCAAGUCCUUCUUCUGCAGGAUCAGGGGUGGUAAAGACCGUGAGGGGGAGAUGCGCUACAACCCCUUUAGGAUGACUCCCUACCUGCUGAAGGUGCAGGGGGCAGGGGGGAGGGGAGGGGGGGAGGGGGGGGGGAGGGGAGGGGAGGAGGAGCCCUGCUGUCUGGUGCUCGCUGAGCGCAUCAUCUCAGGAUAUGAGGCUCCUCGAAUCCCCACGGACAAGCGCAUCUUCACCACCACUCACUCUCCUGGGUGUGUGUUCCUGGAGGUGGACGACAGGGCUGUGCCGUUGCUUGGAUACCUGCCUCAGGAUCUGAUUGGCACGUCCUUGCUCACCUGUGUUCACCCAGAGGACCGCCCCCUGAUGCUCUCCAUGCACCGCAAAGUGUUGAAGUAUGCAGGCCAGCCCCCGUUUGAACACUCCCCGGUGCGCCUGCGCUGUCGGCAUGGAGACUACGUCACCGUGGAUACCAGCUGGUCCAGCUUCAUCAACCCCUGGAGCCGCAAGGUGGCCUUCAUCAUCGGACGGCACAAAGUCAGGACGAGUCCCCUGAAUGAGGACGUGUUUGCUGCACGGAGUAACGAUGACCAGUCAGUUACCUUUGAGGAAAUCCAAGACCUGCAGGCCAAAAUCCACAAACUCUUCUUGCAGCCGGUCCAUAAAAAGGGUUCCAGUGGUUACGGCAGUCUGGGCAGCCAAGCCUCUCAUGAGCACCACAUCAGCCUGGCUUCCUCCAGCGACAGCAACGCUAACCUGUGGGAGGACUCGCACCGUGAACCAGUGAGUCUGCGGCAGAUCUGUGCUGAUGUGAACAGAGUGAAGAGCUGGGGCCAGCAGGCAUAUCUGGACUCCAGGAACAAGCUCACCUCUCUGGGCAAACCUGCCACAGCCCGCCUCCCCCAUGUCACGUCCAGUGAGGUGAGAGGUCAUGAGGAGAGCAGGAAGCGGACACACGCUCCCUCCUAUCAGCAGAUCAAGUGUGUGGACAGCAUCAUCAGGUAUCUGGAGAGCUACACAGCUCCAGCACUCAAGCGUAAGAGUGAGUCUCGCUCCCUCCGCACUUCCUCAUCCUCCUCCUCUACCUCAGACGAGGACAAGCCAGCUGCAGACACACACACACACACAGCCCAGGCCAGCUCAGACGUGGUGGUGCUGGACAGCCAGGUGUCUCUGGGCUCCACAGCAGCAGCAGCACCAGCAGCACCAGCAGCAGUGGUGGUUGGUGCUCCCCUUACUGACAUCACUCUGUCUACUAAAGCCAUGAGUGUGGUCUCUGUCACCAGCCAGUGUUCCUACAGCAGCACCAUAGUGCACGUGCCCCAGCCAGAGUCAGAGGUGACAGCUCUGGAGGACGCACCAAUGGGGAGAGAGCCGGCCGACCCUUUACCUACCCCCGCUUGCCCCGCUCCUAGCCCCGCCCCCAGCUUGGCCACGGAGGAGCUGCGAUUGGUGGGUCUAACGAAGGAGGUGCUAUCGGCUCACACCCAGAAGGAGGAGCAGGAGUACGUGGAUCGCCUCCGCCAUCGCAUCCUCCAGAGCCCCUACAGCUCCUACCUGCAGCAGGACAACAGCUCCAUGGCCUACUCCCACCACCCAGGCCACCAUGUCAUGAGGCCAGAGAGCGCGUGCGGUGGAGGUUUGACCCGCUCUCGGACGGGGAAGCCCAGACACAAGAGGCCCAAACCCCAGAGCUCCUCUGACAGCUACGCCUCCCCCCCCGGACCUCCCUGCCGCCCCCCUCUGGCCCCCAACUCCUCCUGGCCCUCCUCUGAAUCCUCCCAGCCCCAGCUGGGGGUGCCCUACCCCCCCGUGCCCACCCCCCAGGCCCCAUACCUCUCCGUGAUGGGGGCACGUCCGGGAGAGCCCCAGCAGCAGGCAGGAGGGGGAGGCAUGCUGCUGCAGCUACACCCCGGUCAGCACAGCUACCAGCACAACGUCCACAUGGUGCAGCCCAUCCACAACCUGCACGCUCAGGAUGUCAACAUGAACCUGCAGGCUGUCCAGAUGACGUCCAUCCCGUCCAGCACUCAGAGCUUUCAGUCCGUCCCGAUCCAGGACCUCCACAACAUGCCCAGCUUCCCCAGCCUGCAGCCCAUGGCCCCUCCCCAUGCCCUCAACCCCUACAUGACCCCAAUGAUGGCUGUCAUCCUGCCCACCUACCCCUCCCUCCCUCCCGGCUACCCCCCGCUCUAUCCCCCCCCUGCGCCUCCUCUGCUGCCCCAGGCUCCCUUCACCCUGCAAGGCUUUGCCCCUGCCUCCGCUCCCUUCUCUCAGCCCCAGUUCCAAGCCCAGCCUGCUCCCCAGCCCCGGGCCCUCCCAGGUCCUCUGAUGUGCUCCCCCAGGCCAGGCUCUCCGCUGGUGGAGGAAGAGGAGGCGGCUGCCGGGCCAUCUGGCUGGGCCCCCAUGGUCUCCAGCUCCCGCUCCAGCUCUCCCCUGCAGCUCAACCUGCUGCAGGAGGAGCUGCCCAAGCCCAGCGAGGGAGCGAGCAGCACGGGACACGCCCACGGCCACGCUGACAGCCUGCACGAGCAGCACGCCAAGGGGGAUGCAGCCCCAGGUGAGGCCGGGAACCAGGAUGCUCAGUUCACCUCCAGUGAGAUGCUGGACCUGCUGCUGCAGGAGGAUGACCGAUGCUCCAACGCCUCCGGCUCAGGAGAGUCCGGCAGGUCUCUGGGCUCCGGGUCUGCCUCCAACAGAACCACCUCACACACAGGAAGCAGCAACAGCAGUAAGCACUUCGCCAGCACCGAUUCGUCGGACACCUCGCCCAAAGCCCACAAGAGCCAGGAGCCGGCGGCUGAACACAAACAGCCGUUGGAAGCGCGGGCAGAGAACCCCCUGUGGAGCAUGAUCCAGCACACGCCAGCAGCCGUCAUGAUGACCUACCAGAUCCCCCCCAGGGCCCAGGCCGAGGUGCUGGCUGAGGACAGGGAGAAGCUGCGUCACAUGCAGCCUCUGCAGCCCUGCUUCAGUCAGGAGCAGAGGCAGGAGCUGGCUGAGGUCCACCCCUGGAUACAGAAGCACUCGAUCCCCCAGGAGGUAGACACACAGGGCUGUGUGAGUUGUACCUCAGGGGCGGGGGUUCCCACUUCCAUCUGCCCACCUGCUCCAGAUAGCUCCUCCCCUUCACAGUGCCCUCUGUCAGACUCCCGUCCAACACUUGACACCUGAUGUGUGACCGUUCCAGGAAAAUCACAAUCCUUACAGCCAAUCAGCCUCACUAGAACCCCUCUACCCUCCCACCAACAAACGCUCCUGACCAAUGAAAGGGGUCAGAGGGGCUCUAGAUGGGCUGAAUCUCAGAUCUCUAUAAGGAUCCAACAAACACUUUAUCUGAGCGGCUGGACCGGACAGAGAGCUGUGAAGGAGACAUCCAAAGGCAGAACUCUACUGGAGGGCAGAGCUGAGAUUGGCAGGUUUCUCUGUCACUCUGCUUCAUUUGACUGGAUCACUGGACCCUCAUAGGAUCUCAUGAUCCUGCCCCCCGGUGGUCCCCGCCCCCGGUGGUCCCCGCCCCCAGUGGUCUGUGUGUUUAUAGAGCCUGCAGCAGUGUACCUGCUGGUGUACCUGCUGGUGAACCUGCUGGUGAACCUGCUGGUGUACCUGCUGGUGUACCUGCUGGUGAACCUGCUGGUGUACCUGCCGGUGAACCUGCUGGUGUACCUGCUGGUGAAUGUAUGUGUGAUUGCGUAUGUGCCUGUGUGUUUACACCCUUGUCCACUUUCUCAACACUUUUUUGUUGUCAAAUAUUGUUUUAUCUUUCUGAAUGAUUGUUUUGUCUCUCUGUUGAAGGGAUGUGUGUGUGUGUGUGUGUGUGCACGAGGCUGGUCGACAGUGCCGCUAUGAGGACUGUUUUCAUUGAUGCAGUUUUCAGGAACCGCCUGGUUUUGUACCAUUUUGAGAUAGAUAUGAAAGUAUAUUUCACUGUAUUGUCCAACUAUACAAAACAACCUUGUUACAUGUAUGAAAAAGCCAUUUGUCAUGAAUUGAGGGACUUAAUGAGACAUAAAUAAUCAAACUGAAUAAAAACUAUAU